CCGAGAUUUCUAGAGUCGAAAGACCUCCGCCAUUGUGAAAUGGAUUGUGCUCAACCACCAGGCGACACGACCGAGAACAAAACACAGGACGCACUUCAAGAGAUUACCCGAUACUUCGAGCCAGAUCCAGAGUAUGAGUUUGAUGCCGUAUUCGAACGCAAUCGAGCGGUGAACUUCGUCAGGGAGUAUGAUCUCAGAUGGCGUGGUCCCAACGGAAUCUUUCAGGAGGCCAUUACAGAAGCUGAGCGACGGAGGCGAACGGGUGCCAGCGACAGAGCAGCAGCGAAGAUUGCCCGAGAUGACCAAAAAGCGUCAGAGGCAGCGCGUUUUGGCGUGCAGAGACAUUGGUUGCCGUAUACGCUCAGGAAGAAGAAAGAGGCCAUGCAAGCCAAACGCACCGGCCAGGCAGAAGACGAUGCUCGGUCUCGACCGUCUACUUGCAUAUAUGAGAUUCCGUUCUCCGAGUUGAUAGACAACAUCAUCGAUAUCAACGGGAAGGGCAAAGCUACGCCAGGCAAGUUUCGCCUCGUUGAUUGCGAAUCCCUCUCCGAAGACACUCCAUACUGGGAUUAUAAGCUUUCCAUCCAUGAGUUUCCUGCAUUUCCGCCGGUUGAAGACGUCCCAUAUAUUGCUAUUUCAUAUGUCUGGCGAGGGAAUCCUGUCAGCCCCGAUGACCCUGACUCACGAUAUCCCGGAUUUAACGUCAAGGGCGCUCAAGACGACUCCGACCUUGUUGGGAUAGGAUUGCUGACAUUCAUCGCGCGCUGUUCUUGGAAGAUGGGAUAUAGGUACCUGUGGCUGGACAGGUUGUGUAUUAUCCAAGACAAUCGCGAAGACAAGCGCACGCAAAUACAGAACAUGUACGCUAUCUACCGCCAUUGUGGCGCCUGUCUGGUUCUUCCCGGUGGCAUUCAGCGUACCGUGCCCUUGCAUGAAGAAACGUCCUGGAUAACCCGUGCUUGGACACUGCAGGAGGCCGUUGCACCUAAAGAGACCUACGUGCUCUACGACAGUUUCCAAUCCGCAGCGAGGGAAGGACAUAAGUACUCCGGAGCACGAGUGCAGUCGACAAUAAAAGACAUCAACAGGAUGGACGACCACGCCAUCGUCCCUCUGGAGGACCUCCUUGUCGACUCCAUCCAGAUCGGCCGCUCUUCAACAUAUCGGCCGGCCAUCAUCCGCGACGCCGCUGGCGGCUUCGAAGCCUCGGAGGAUGCACGAGUGCAGAUGGUCGCUCUCCUCGGUGCGAUGCGGCUGAAGGGCGCCGCCAAGGAGCAAGCAAUCUGGCGGAGUGCUCUCAUGCGUACAUCCUCGCGCCCGGUUGACAUGGUCUUCAGCAUCAUGGGUCUGUUCGAUGUCACUUUGGAUACGCAUGCAUACGGCAAGAAUGACCGGCUGGCUGCAUGGCGCGCCCUCGCGCAGGAAAUUCUGAAGAGCGGCCGUCCGCCGAGCUGGCUCGGGACGUCAUUCUUUCUCCCAUUCGGCCAGGAACCGUCUACAUUCCCCAGGGAGCCGGAGGCGCUGGAGGUGCGGGACGUAGUCCAAAUAGGGUAUCAUCUAGGCGGAAAGCGCUGGAAAGAGGUGGCAGUGAUGAUGAACAACUUCUCGGAUUCUCGCUGGUGGCUGGAAGACAUGCCUUGUCCUGCCAGUAUGGACGGCUCUGGAAACUUCACGUUCUCCAGCCACGCGGUCCCCGCGUUGUUCAUUACGGCUGGCAGAGACUUCGUACGAGAGUUCGACAACAUGCACUUGGAUCUUACGGACGAUGGUGCAUGCGUCGACGCCGUGUACAUUGUGGCCACGGACGGGUCUGUCUGGAAGGUCCAGAGUACCGCAGAUGACGUGCGUGCUGGCUUCCGCACGUUUAUCGUCUACAUCGGAAGACAGCUCCCGUGGUCAGACGCCGAAUGGGCAGGCGACUGCACUAUUCGUGUAUUGGUGAUCGAGGAACACGCUUCAGGCCGUUAUCGCAUGCGAGCGUGGUGCUGGCUGGGAGACGUCUUUCUCGAUUGGAUCAAGCAUCGGUGGGCUAUGCAUACUUUCACCAUUGGGACACCAGAAUGACCGGGAGUCUCGAGGGUUCGGGCUGUCCUAUUUUAAUCCUUACUCCUGCUCAAUGUGAGGUGAUGCAACUACGCACGAAGAUGCAACUACACACGAAUCAGAAGGACAUUUAGAAUCCAUAUUACUUUGAUAGGCCCCUGUAAUUUUUUCCGGCCUAUCCUUGGAAGAAAUCACGGAUCGUGCGCGUGGAAGACGUGUGCAAGAGUCA